UGGGAAGCUACAUAAAGUUACCUAGCUAGCCGAUAUGCUAGUUGCUUGAAGCUAAUGCUGCCUUCAUGAAGUAUUGGAAGUUAUGUUUUCAUGGGUGAUACUGAGCUCAAAGGUAUUUUUGUUGAAGUCGGAAAUAGUAAUUUGGCAAAAUAUACUUUUUUUAAAAUGUAUUUCUUUUGACCGCAUAACUUUAAAUCACUUCUAUGAAAGUGAGCAUAACCAUUUAUAUGAAUAAAUACCGCACAAUUUAUCAUGACAUUGCAAUAUAUGCUAUCGCCAGGGGUGGUUUUUAGAGCAUAAUCUGAAAUAAAAAGAUGAACGAAAAUAUAUGCGACUGACUGUAUCACUGGAGUUUGUGACUAGGCAUUUACGAGGAGUACUUGAAGGCAGCAGGUUCCUCGAGCUAGCAUUAGCAGUAGCUGCAGUUAGCCGGUAGGAGAGCACCGCAGCAUCAUCAUCAUCCACACACCAUGACAUGAGACAGGCACCGACUCCUACUGCACUGUACGAGACAACGGGGAAGAAAAUCCCUCUCCAAGAUAAAGAUGAGACGCUUCUCCUCGGAUAACAACAACUUUCCUUAUGACAACAACGUCCUGGUUUUGGACAUGGUGCUGGGCUCUCUGUGGGGGGUGCCCCAGCCCAUAAACUGGGACAAUGUAGCCAAGCUGGUUCCAGGAUUCACUUCCAAGGAGUGUGCCUGUCGCUUUGAGGAGCUGAAGACCACGGGGGGGUUUCCUCACGUGGACAACCAGUGUAAUGCCCUGACAGAAGGAAGCACCUCCCCUUCAGACGGCCCCCCCACACUGCUGGAGGCUGGGGAGGCGGUGGAGGCGGUGGAGACAGGAAGCAGCCAGAGCAGCAGCAAAGUGACAGGCUCAAAAUCAGCGGCCACAGGAAGGGUUGGUGCCGUGGAGAAGAAAGAGAGACGAGUCUCAGCAGAGGAGGAAGACAAACCUCAGAAACCACGAGACCCCAACAUGGUGAUCCAUGUGUGUGAUGAGACCAAGAACCUGAAGCAGGACUUCACAUGCCCCAGAGAUCUUCUAGUCAAAGAGAUGCGUUACUUUGCUGAGUAUUUGUCUGUGGACGCCCAGAGGUGGGAGGAGGUGGACAUCUCGGUCCACUGUGACGUGCAGAUCUUCGACUGGCUCAUGAACUACGUCAGGAGGAACUCUGCGGGAGAGGGGAACCGGGACAAACCCCGCCUCGAGCCCAGCAAUGUGAUCUCAAUCCUGAUCUCCUCCGAGUUCUUGAAGAUGGAUACGUUAGUGGAGGAGUGCAUCCAGUACUGCCACAAGCACAUGAGCUCCGUCGUGGCUACGCCCUGCAACAUGAACUGCAUCAACAGCAACCUGGCAACCCGCAUCGCAGAGCUCUUCAACCACAACGAGGCCGACGACAUCCGGGACAAAAAAGACAAGUUCAAAAGUAAAUUGUUCCAGAAGAAAAUUGAGCGUCUCUUCGAUCCCAACUGCCAGAACAGAGACUCCCCUGGAAACGCCUCGACCCUGUACCGGUGUGGUCUCUGCCUGAAGAUGCUGACCAAAGACACAGAGAGGAACAUCUCUUGUGUUCCUGGGAAAAUCAACAUUGAUUCUCGAGGAGAGAUCAUCUAUUCACACACUAAGCAGAAGAGCUGGGAUGUGCAUGAAUACAUCAGUGCCCUAUAUGAGGAGCUCAAGUCCUGGGUCCUGGUCUACUGGAGGAUCUGGGGAACCAUCAACUACCUGCCCUGCUCCCGGUGCCAACAGGUGUUUGUGUGUGCAGAGCUGACCCAAUGCAAGUACCACCCGGACACUGUGCUGUACCCUGGGAUGGCCACUGAGAAAGGCUGGCAUGGUGCAGGAAUCUACCCCUGCUGCAACCAGAGGGUGCUCCGCUUCGACCCCUCGGGUAUGCCAAAGGGCUGUAAGAUGCGGGACCACAUCGUGAACGUCCCUGAUGAAGAGGACUGUGACGAGGCGACCUUCGCUCAGACCCGAGUCCUGAACGACCUGCUGCUGCACCGAGACGCCGUGUGUGUGUGCAGCACCCCCACUCCAGAGGGUCCUGAGGAGAGUCCCUCCGGUGCAGAGAAGGUUCCGGACUGUGAUGUUCUGUUGGAGCCCACCCUGCUGGGACCCCUGAAGGGGGAGGGCUGCACCUUUUCCCUUUUGAAAAACUGGAGUCUGCAACUGAGGCAGCAGUCCCUCCUGUCAGAGGAUGAGGAGUACACCACAGGGUCAGAGGUCACUGAGGAUGAGGUGGGGGAUGAAGAGGAGCUGUCCAAGAAACAAGCUGCUAAGAAGGCCAAGAAGGCCCACAGACCUCUGAAAAAACAAAUGUCCUCUCCAAACUUCCAGCGCAAAGACAAAGCAGAGAAAUCACAGUCCAGGGACAACACACCUUUCACAGUGAGUGUCCAGAAAAGUAAGUGGGACAUUUCACGCUCCAUGAGGUACAACCAGGACGCUCAGAGGGAGGAAGACCAGCGUCGCAUGGAGGAGAUCAUCGGCUACCUGACCAAGAUGAGGUUUGGAGAGCAGGAACAGAGCAGAUCUAAAGACACUAAAGAACCUACAGGUGGAAUCUACUCAAGACUUGAAGCCCAGUUUAAGGGUUCCUCUCAAGCUAGACAGAGUUCAGAGAAAACACCCAGAUCUAAAAUGCGCUACGCUCAGAUCCGGAGCACCCAGAGCAGCUGACGGGGAGAAGACCUCUGAGCCGUCUAAGAGGCGAGCAUGAACACUGACGAAGAGCUCUCAAAGAGGAAGAUCCUUCUGCGAGGGCUCUGCACCACAAAACUCCUUCCUUCUGGCCCCCCCCCCCC